AGAGUUUACCCCGGUUAUAGAGGAAACAAACCGGCUCUAUGUUGAAUAUUGAAGCCAUUGUCUAUAGCAAGUCAAUAAUCAUGUCCUGCAUGUGUGUGUACUCUAUAAUACAUAAAUAAUUCACUCACAUUUCAUAUCCUAAUCUUUUGAGGAAUUUACAGAGUGAAGUAGAAUAUGGAAGAAGAAAGAAAUGGCAGUGACAAUUAUAGCAUGUCACACAUUCUGUUAAGAGGAGGCAAAAGAAAGAGUGCUUAUAGCCAUGGCUUCUCUUCAUCUCAACUCCAAACACUCUCUUCCAUCUUUCAAGCUUUUGUUCCUUCUGACCUCUCUUCCCACACCUCAGGAUCUCAAAUUCCCUUCCCAGAUGAGGUUGCAGAGACCAUGAAGGAGAAGCUAUUGCCAGAAGCUCUGUUCUUGGUAAAACUGACACUUAGCUUGCUUUCAACAAGACUGGGAUCUUUGUUGCUAUGUGGAUUUGUGUGUUUGGACUGGAGCUGGCCAUUUGUUCACAAGUUUUCGGAAUUAGCAGUGAAGAAAAGGGAGGAGGUUCUCUUCAAAUGGUCAUCACAGACUAAUUUUCCCAUGCCACUGCGAUUAGUCUUCGCCUUGUUUAAGGCCUUCUGCUGCUACACUGCUUUCUCUUGGACUGAUGAAAAUUCCAGAAAUCCAGCUUGUGAGGCAAUUGGAUACCAGGUAAAAAAUGAAGAAAAUGUAAACAAAAUACAGGAGAGGCCUCUUGAAAAUGGUAUUGUGGAAUCUAAGGAUUGUAAUGACUCGAGUUUCAUGGAGUCUCUUAAACAGAAAGGCCUGCAAGUGACGGAAGAUGGGACGUCGUUUCGGAUCAAAUGUGAUGUUGUGAUUGUAGGUUCUGGCUGCGGAGGAGCAGUUGCAGCUGCUCUUCUUGCAGGUUCUGGUCAGAAGGUGGUGGUUCUUGAAAAAGGGAAUUAUUUUGUGGCUCAAGACUACUCCCAGAUCGAGGGACCGUCGAAUUAUGAGCUAUAUGAGAAGGGGGGUUUGUUAUCAUCAGAUGAUGGUAGAGUUGCUCUGAAAGCAGGAUCAACUGUGGGAGGUGGUACAGCCGUGAAUUGGUCUGCUACACUUAAAACACCGGAUGAUGUGCUCAGGGACUGGUCCGAGUCUCAGAAGCUUCCGUUGUUUGGAAGCUCUGUGUAUCAGGAUGCAAUGGAUGCUGUGUGUAAGAGACUUGGUGUGACAUAUGAUUGUCCUGAGGAAGGGUUUUCAAAUAAAGUUAUUCGGACAGGGUGUGAAAAUCUUGGGCUGAAGGUUGAGAGGAUUCCUAGGAAUUCACCGGAAGAUCAUUACUGUGGUUCGUGUUCGUAUGGUUGUAAGAAAGGAGCUAAAAGAGGGGCUGAUACUACAUGGCUUGUGGAUGCUGUUCAGAACGGAGCAGUGAUUCUAACUGGUGUAAAAGCUCAGAAAUUUGUCUUAGGGGAAGACGAGAAUGGUGGUGCUAGAAAGAGAUGCUUAGGAGUUAUGGCCAAUGUCGUUAGCAAGAACGUAACUAAGAAGCUGCAGAUUGAGGCUCGCGUGACAGUUUCUUCUUGUGGAGCUCUUUCAACGCCACCACUGAUGCUUUCAAGUGGACUGAAGAACAAAAAUAUUGGUAGAAAUCUUCAUCUUCAUCCUGUCAUAUUUGCUUGGGGUUACUUUCCUGAACAUGAAUCUAAAAUCCAAGGGAAGAGUUAUGAAGGAGGGAUUCUCACGACCCUCCACAAGGUGGAGUCUGAGGAUUCCAGAGUUCAAUCUAUUAUAGAAGCUGCUGCAACAGGACCUGCCACAUUUGCUGCACUACUUCCCUGGACUUCAGGGCUUGACAUGAAGGACAAGAUGGCAAAAUUUGCAAGAACCGCGGUUUUAUUCAGUCUAGUGAGGGAUCAAAGUUCAGGGGAAGUAAGAUCAGAAGGUAAGGUUUCAUAUGAUAUCAACCAGCAAGACGAAGAAAAUCUGAAACACGGGCUGAGACGAGUCCUCAGGAUCAUGAUUGAAGCAGGAGCGGUUGAAGUAGGUACUUUCCGGAAUGAUGGCCAGAGGAUGAACUGUGAAGGGAUUACCAAUGAAGCUGUGGAGGAGUUCUUGGACAAUGUGGAAGCAGUUGGAGGGCCGAAGUCGAACGGGGAACAUUGGGCAGUAUAUGCAUCUGCACAUCAAAUGGGAAGUUGCAGAAUGGGUGCUAAUGAAGAAGAAGGUGCAGUAGAUGAAAAUGGGGAGAGCUGGGAAGCAAAGGGCUUAUAUGUUAUUGAUGGGAGUGUGUUGCCAAGUGCAGUUGGAGUGAAUCCUAUGCUUACUAUAUACUCCACCGCUUAUUGCAUCUCCAAAAGGCUAGCAGAGUAUAUGAAGAAAGAAGAGAAGAGAGCUUGAUUCAUUUGUGUGUUGCAUCUCGAAUCAAAUUGCAGGUUGUCAGAUAUAAAUUGAUGCUACAGAUGUUAUUGACAUAUGAUGCAUUUUCAGUCACAUUGACAGAUGCUGGACAAAUCAUUGUAAUAUUGUCAAUAAUCAUGUAUUAUUACAAUUUAUUUUGUUGUCGUAAUAUAUUAUCAAUAAUCAUGUAUUAUUACAAUUUAUUUUGUUAUCAUGCAUUUUGUGUCA